GUAUAUCUAUUUGGUGCCUCCUUGCACCAAUGAUUGUGUUUAAAUAAAUAAAUAAGCGUUAGAUGUUAAACUACACUUGAUAUACGAUAGCUAAAAAUGAAUCCUGAUUAUUUAAUACGAAUAUGCGGUAAGAGAUUCGAAGUGACAACCUAUCGAGAGAACCGAUGUAUAUUUAUUCCUGGUCCUACGUUGUAACGUCGUAAGAAAAUAAUAAUGGCAUUAUAAAACUGUUCACAUCCUCUUACAAAGGAAGGUUUCACAUAUUUCCUUUGGGCAACAAUCGUCAGUGUUGUCAUAUUCGUGCUUUAUAUAUAUCUUUUUUCUACCUUCCCUCUAACUGGGGUAACUUAUUCCAUAUCGAAAUGUGUUCCAAAAUCAUAUACAAAGUUCGAUGAAACAAUUCCAAAUAAGUGCAAAUUAAAUAUUUGUAAACACUUGAAAUAUUAACGAUCUAGAGUUCUGAGGUAUUCGAGUAUCGGAAUCUGAAUUAUUUCAAGAUUGUAGGUGCCUCAUGUUUAUAACUGCCACAUUGCUCGGAACUAAGGUACAGGGCUUCCUGAAUACUACCUCCAACCACCUGAUACAAAGCUACUCUUGACUGUUGGUUCUUAAUAUUCAUUUGUAAAGAUCACUCAACGAUUUACUAUUACUUCUACAUACCAGGUCAACUGGAACUAGCGACCACAGAAUGGAUCAUACCGAUCCAUUUUAUUAGCCAGGUAGGUUUAGUAAGUAGUCCUCAUGUUCCGUAAACACAACAUAUAUUUGUUGCUGAGUACACUAAAAUUCUAAACAAUAUAUUCAAUCUGGUUUGGCUUAAAUUUCGAGUGUUUAGAACCCUGAUACUCAAUUGAAAGUAUAUUUUUACGAGGCUAGCAAUAAGGAUUUGUGUAAUCGAAUAAUUAAUAAGGGCUUUAGAGUAAUAACUUUUAGUACGAUUUUCCUUUUUGAAAAAUAUAAUGAAGACAGAAAUGUAUGUAAAUGGAUGGAACUACUGUUCAUGAGAAUCUUUAUGCUGACAAGUGAUACAUACUGGUUGCUUUUAACUUAGAAGUUAGUAUCUCAAAGCACGUAAAAAAUGUUAACUCGGUGCAACCGCACAACCUAAAAGACGUGUCGAAUUUCGGAGGGUUAGAUCCGUUCUUCAAAAGUCUAACAGUCUCAAAAUAUUGUGGAACUUAAAUACUUUAAUAUUCACCUUUUAGAGUUGUCUUUUCAAAAUGGAAGUGUUACGUCCCCGAAUUCGCUUAUUAUCAUACACAAGCUCGGCCGGAAUGUUAUUACAGUAGUUAUCAUCAAGGGUCUUGGAAACUAUACGAAGUGAAAUGGGUAUCAUUUUUCAUUUAGCUUCAGUGCAUGUGUGUUUACACCAAAUUAUUUAGAUUACUUGCUUGCUAGGAGUUGUGUGUUCUAUGAUUUCUUGUAACUAUAUUUGAUUCUCCUUUUUUGCUUCAGCACCAUAAACAAAUUCACUAUCCUGGCCAACCUUUGUUUUAAUUUAGAUAAAAUAACGACCAAUUUUUCAGACUUGAAGUGCAUCAGAUCAAGUUGUCACAUUCUUCAAAAGUAGGUAGAUAAAAAGUCAAUAAUAGUGAGUGAGCGAUAAGAAUAUAGGUCAAGAAUAGAGAGUAAGUUAAAGUAACAUAAUAUUCAAGACUUAAAAGAUGCAUUCUGAGCUAUUUCACGUAGGAUCUACUAUUGCUGUUUGUUGUAGCCUACCUUAUCACUAGUAUUUUGAUAUAUUUGCUACAAUCUUGGUGUGUAAAUUCACGAGAACUGUUUUUAGACUAAAGUUGAUUGAUGUUAUCUGUCGAAUUUUGUAUUAACAGUCAAAAGAAUUUCUGGUCAAUGGAUUAUUGUUCAUUGGGACGGUAACAUCAGCUGUAAAACAGCUGUUUCCAUUUUAGCUGUUAUUUUGUGUUCUACACAAUUAUCAAUUAACAGUCAUAAAUAAACAUUUUCAAGGUAUUUUUACCUUGUGAUGGCUGAUGAAAGGUUGAAGGAUUCUAAAGCUAAUGAUGGACAGAUAGAUGACGAUCGUUUAAAUGAAGAAGAUUACCAGGAACCGGAUUGUCGUAGUGAAAACAUAUCUGAAGAUAUCACAGAUACAGAGAUCGAGUGUUUGAAAAAGGAACUGCAAUCUGAGAUUUCAGAGUUGGAGUGGGAAUUCAAACAAGCAAAAGAGUCACUAUACAAUGAACGUAUAAUGCAAGUAGAGAAUAAAUUAAAUCAAGCGAAAAUGGGUACUGCACCUGAAUUUCUUCAUGUUUUAUCCUUGGUUGAAGAAACGUAUAAAAUUCGAUUACAGGUGGCAAAACAUAGAAUGCAAUUCGCUUUGGAAAUAACUAACAAGGAGUUGGAUAACGAGUUACAAAUCAUUCAGUGUGACGUUAAUGAGCGAUUAUUAGCAGCAGAAGAACAAAUUCGAUUAAGUCUUCAAGAGAGUUUAUGUAAACUUCAAUAUGAACGAGCUGCUCACCAAAGAAAAGCUUCUAAAGAUUCAGAAAAAGAAUAUACCAAGUCUUUUGAUCAAUAUGAUAAUUAUCUUCCUAGUCCAAAUCUUGAACCUCGAAAGAAACCGGUUACACUAUCCCCAUCUACUCCAAGACUUAUAUAUCAAAUACCUGACAAAGAUAUUCGUUCAGAUGUUGAAUUAAUUUUAGCAGCUGUAAAGAAACAUAAAUUAGCCUUUGCUAUGUCACAGCUCAAAAACGAAAAGAUAAAGUAAAUACCAACGCUUAUGUAAAGAUGUAAAUACUUUUUAUCUCUCAGUAUAUUUUUCUUUCUGUAAGUUAUGUAGUUUAUGAUGUGUGUGUAUAAUAAAAAAAGACUCAAAAUAAAAUGAACAAGUUUAU